GGCUGGUCGGAAGGAUUGUUUGCACAGAGCAAGCGUUGUCAUUUUCGAUACGAGACCCUCUCAUGCUGCAUAAAUCGGAAGAGAGAGGUAUUGCAGUACGCGUUGGUGUAUGGGUAACAGAGGAACCAUUUGCAAGCACACGAUAUCACCGAUGCAUGAACGAACAUAAAUAGAGCCCGUUAUUGUUUCGACAUCCUCUUCGUCGCAUCAACAUUUACCCCAGCCAGAUUGCGUAACUUUCACGUCAGAUUUGGGAGAUAUGGGUGCUCCUUCCCUCUAGAGUUGGGAGAUAUGGCUGUGCAUGCGUGGCCGACUUACGAUGGCAAAAUCAUCAGCCCAUUCGUCUUUUGUCGCGAUUCUAUCAACGCUCUCCUCGUAAUCCUCCCCGAAAUGAAGUCACGAAAUCUUUCUGCAUUCGCGCAAAAGCACAAUCCCGAGUUAUUGCAAGCCCUCGACAAUGGAACCGUCGUCACACUACACAGCCAGCAAAAGACCAAAGCUGAGCAUCUCAAAAAGCUGGAACGAAGACUCGACAAGUCUAUACAAGAUCUUGGUGGCGACGAAGGAGUCAAGCGGGCCGUGAAGAUGCUCGAGUUUGUAAGCAGGGUGGAGGCCCCUCACGACUUUGAGUACUAUCCAUGCAUCCGAGUCCUCCUCUCAGGCAUGCAGGAGUUUUUCGAAAUAUGCACACCGAAGUGUUUCGAUUGGAUGGAAGGACUGCUCCCCAGAUUGGUCAAAUCGAAGACCGUCGAGUCCGCAAAAGCCACGAACGAUAUUCCAACCGUCGCAGAACCAACAAGAGUUGACGUGGAUACGGAAGCUAUAUCACAACAGCUUGAACUGGAAAUCAGAAAAGAGUACGAGACAGAGAAGGAAAAUUGGAAAGCCAAGAUUUCACAAGAGUGUGAAGAGUGGAAGGCCCAAAUCCAACAAGAGCUGUCAGACGCAUGUUAUUUCAGGGUCCUGGAGGCAGAGAAAGAUGCAAAGGAUGCAAAUGUUGACGCAGAAACUGCCAAGAAGAACCUCGCAAAGGCAGAUCAAGACGCAGAAGUUCGAGUCAAGAAGAUGCUUGAGAAGGUGUAUUACAAGGAGAUGGAGAAGUUGAAAGGCGAAGUCAACACUGAGAAAGCACGAGUCCGAGAAAGAGACAAACAACUGGAGGAAGCGAGAUCUGCACGAGAAGCGGCGGAAGGGUUGGCAAGGACCGCAUGCGAACAGCACAUCACUGAACAGGGUCUUCGUCGUCGUGCAGAGAUCGAACGGAGCGACGCAGUUGAUCAAGAGAUCUACACGAAUGAUGCAGAGAUCUUACAUAUUCGCACCAUUCUGAAGGAGAUGGAGAUGUACCAAGCGAAUAAAAUCGACAUUGCAGUGGAGUACCUGAACCUGGAAGAGACGCUCAUUGCGACGGAAGACGAGCUGGGGAAGACUCGGACCCAGUUGAUACUGGCGAAUCAAGGACAUUCCGCACUCAUCGACACCUUCAAGCAACUGCGAGAAGAACUCAGCGGAGCCGACAUGGCGUCGAGGCAGAGUUCUGCAAGCGGCAAGAAAAGGAAGAUUUGCGUGUAGUUGACAGUAUAGAAUACCGAGUGGAGUUGUGCGUUCUUUCCACCCCUACCAGAUCAACCGUGAUUCCAAGCUCUUUUCUCUUUCCAAUCGUGCGAUGUCCAGAGGUUCGUGAGUGCGUACGGGAUUGGUGUAAAAGUGUUGAUCAUGGCGGAGGACGAGUGGUGCUCGAUAACGGUGUGAGCUGGGUGGGGCAGCAUGCAUGGCCUUGCAAAAGGGCUUAUACCAGGGAAUUACAAGUGCGCACACGAGUCUGGUUGUUGUGCUUG